UAAAACCAACAUACUUGUUAUACUUCAUACGUUUUACACAUCCACCAUCAAGGCCAUGAAUUGGAAGCGUCCAGUCAAACAUAUCGACUUCUUUGACUUGUGAUUACUGGUUGUUGGUUUUCAAUCUCAUUUUUAAUAUAUAUCUCCAUCUAAAAGUCUUCUAACUAUCUCCAUGCAACCUGGACAGUUGCGACGCGAGCAGCCUAUACAACCUUCGUCGAUUCAGAAGAUGCUAGAUGAGAACGUCCGACUUAUACACAGUCUUAUGGCACAUCAAAGAGUUGGAGCCGUUAAAGAAGCAGUGGAAUUAGAACGUGUUUUACAUCGUAAUCUUAUUUAUUUAGCCACAAUUGCUGACCGUACAGCGACGCAGCCUGCAGUCGGACCAACAAAUUGUUCACAUCCAAUUCCUUCCGGUUUGACUCAACCUAAUCAAAUUCAAGACUCUGCACCAAAUUAUCCAUUAUCUGUAGUUAACGCAUCAUCGGAUCUGUCCCAGUCGUCUGUUGUUGGACAACCUCAUCAAAUUUCAGUUAAUUCGUCAGUUCAGCAUCCAGUACCUAUGGCAGUCGGUCCUACAACAAUAUCUACUGUUGGGAAUCCUAUUAUGUAUCAGCAGUAUCUUGUUUCCUCUGCUUCUCAUGUUCCAAAUAAUCUACAAGUUACAUCACAAAAUCAUAUGGGAAUAAGUGGUUCUAGUCAGUUUCAACAACACGAACGUGUAGUGCAACAUUCUGGUGGACAAAUUGCAUCUGUCGAAUCGAGUGGUACCGUUUCACCCAAUUCGAUCGCAAUGGUUUCUUCAUAAUUUACAUAUAUUAAAAACAAAUAGUUGGAAAUGAGUCACACUAAGUAUGUGGCUAAUGAUUCUGCGGGGUUGCCCAAACCAAAGUUGAUGUAUUCAUACUGUUCAGUUAUGUUGAUUCGUUUAGACUAACCUAAACCCUGACGUUAAAAAAAUGAAUGACCAAUAAUUUUGAAUAUGAUUGCUCAGUUUUCAAUAUCUUAUCGUCCAAUCCUUAAUUUUUUUUUUAUGAACGAACGUUUUUUUUAGAGCUAUGUGACAGUUUUAAUCACCUUUUUUUCUGUUUUUAAAAGCAAUUAAUAAGAUAAUGUAAGGCGAAUAAGUGUUUUACUCCCGAAUUUCUGAUUUUCAAAAAAUAUCAUAAUGUAACUUAUAUUUGAAUGUUUACGCCUUUUCAAACUGGACUGAACAAUAAUUUAGGAACAACGUAUCCGAAAAGCUUUAUGUAGUGACAACUUGUAUCACCAUAAAAACAGUAAAAUAUAUUUUUAUUCUUUUGAACCAAGUGUAAAUUUAUUGCAUCAUUUCAAUGUCAUAUAAUUACUGUUAUCGGUAUUAAGACUUUUCCCUUCAAAUUAUUUCCGAUUUAUGCUGUAAAUAAACGUGUGUAACAGUUAAUUCAAAUGUCCGUUGUCUAUACAGUAUUAUGCAAUUAAAUGUUAUGAUCUAGUAGCGAUAAAUACUAGUAUUCUCUUUUUUUGAUACCAGUAAUGCUCUAUUAAUCCCUAUCACUAUCUGGCAAAAUAAAUGGAUUAAGGUGUAUGAACUGUUCAC